AUGCGCGUAUUUGCAGGGCAUGGCUGUGGAAACCAGAAUGUUGGACCAUUUGAGCCGCGCCGCAGGACCCACAACCUGGAGCAACCCAGCGAGGGUUUGAAGGCAGAGGAGACACAGGAGAGGUCACACACGUCUCUCUACGGAAACACCCCCGCUGAGAAUACUUCGCCACUCAAAUUCCCCACAACCUUCGCAUGCGUCUUGGCUACUCAUCCUACACACCCAUUCUUCCCUCACGCACACCUACUAUCGUUUUAA